AUGACUUGUGAAGGACUAUCAGGACUUGAAAAUUUGGAGUUUCUUGAUUUGUCAGACAACAACUUCGACAAGAGCAUCAUACCACUUCUAAGUGUAUUUUCAUCUUUAAAAUCUUUAACAUUGAUCCACAACAAAUUGAAAAAUAUAACUGAUUUUCAAGAAUUGGAUGCUUUGGGCAACUUAAAGGUACUGAGCCUACGACUAAAUCAAAUUACCAAAGUUGUGGACUCAAGAGAUGUCAAAAUCAUUAGGAAUUUGAGCUCUCUUUUCCUUGAUGACAAUGGCAGCAUUCAGCUAGAAUUAUUAGGGGCAUACCCAUUUCUCAAGACCCUUUCUCUAAAGUUUAACAGCUUCAAAGGAAGAAUAUUUGCUCAAGAGAUGGGUAAUUUUUCAAGCGUGGAAGAGUUGUCCCUGGAUGGUUCCUCAUUGGAUGAAGAGUCUUUUAAGAGCCUUAGAGCAUUGCCCUCUCUUAAAUUUUUAUCUAUGCAAGGCCUCAAUGCUGACCUACCUAGUCAAGGUUUAUGCGAGUUAAAACUUCUUCAAAAGCUAGAUAUGAGCAACAAUGAUCUCAGGGGCACUUUACCUUUAUGUCUGGCAAAUUUAACAUCCCUUCAACUGUUAGAUCUAUCUUCCAAUCACUUCAUCGGAAAUAUCUCCUUAUCUCCCCUGGGGACUCUCACAUCCAUGCAUACGUUACAACUUUCAAGCAACCUGUUUCGAAUCCCAAUCUCUCUUCUGCCGUUCUUCAACCAUUCAAAGCUCAAGCACUUGAAUUGUCAUGAGAAUGAAAUAUAUGCAGAUAUAGAUGUGCCUACUUUGACACCAAAAUUUCAACUACGGACCCUAGAUUUGUCAGGUCAAGGAGAUGGCGGAGUGUUUCCCAAGUUCUUCUACUAUCAGCAUAAAUUAGAAUAUGUUGAUAUGUCAAAUAUUAAAAUGAAGGGAGAGUUUCCACAUUGGUUGAUCAGGAACAACACAAAAUUAUACAUACUUCUCUUGGCCAACUGUUCUCUUUCGGGGCCUCUCCAAUUGCCAAUUCAUUCCCAUGUGUAUUUUUCAGACUUAGACAUCUCUGACAACUACUUCAAUGGCUCUAUUCCAACAGAAAUUAGAGUAUGUUUUCCAAGUUUAAAUUCUCUAGACUUGUCUGGAAAUGGUCUCACUGGUGGCAUUCCUUCAUCAUUUGGCAAAAUGAGUCAACUGACAGAAUUAGACUUGUCUGGAAAUGGUCUCACUGGUGGCAUUCCUUCAUCAUUUGGCAAAAUGAGUCAACUGACAGAAUUAGACUUGUCCAACAAUCAUUUGUCAGGCAUAAUACCCCAAGAGUUGAUUGUUGGAUGCAGUUCGUUAUCUGAGCUCAUUCUUUCAAACAAUAGUUUGCAUGGCCAAAUAUUCCCAAAACAAGCUAAUUGCGAAGAAUUGAUUCGAUUAUUGUUGGAUGGCAAUCAAUUCAAUCAAAGUAUCCCAUUUAGCAUAAUUAAUUGCACACGGUUGGAAGUGUUGGACGUGAGAGAUAAUCACCUCUUUGGCAGCAUCCCUAGUUGGAUAGGGAAUAUGACUUCUCUUCAAAUCUUGGAUCUUUCAAAGAAUAAUUUCUUUGGAAACCUGCCAUCCAGCUUUUGCCCUCCAUCGAUCUGUGAAGUUUAUUUAUCAAGAAAUAGGCUACAAGGACCAUUGAUGAAUGCAUUUUACAAUUGUCCUAGUUUAAUGAUAUUGGAUCUUGGACACAACAAUUUCACUAGAAGAAUUCCAGAAUGGAUUGGCAAUUUUUCAGCUUUGACCUAUCUUCUUUUGGGUUAUAAUAAUCUUGAAGGUAAAAUACCAAUUCAGUUGUGCAACUUAACUCAAUUAAGGUUGGUUGAUCUUUCUAAUAAUAAUCUUUUUGGUCAUGUCCCCCCUUGCAUAAGCAUUGAUAGCAAUUGGGUUAGGGGAAUUCAAGAUGUAGAUGAUAGUUUUAGACCUUAUAUUAGGGAACAACCUUUGGAGUUUACAACAAAGAGAAUAUCAUAUUAUUUUCGAGGAAGAGUUCUCAAGCACAUCUCAGGACUCGAUCUGUCCUGCAACAAUUUGACAGGUAAAAUUCCUGCUGAAUUAGGAAAUCUUAGCAUGAUCCAGGUGUUAAACCUGUCCCAUAAUAGUUUGACAGGAUUGAUUCCACAAUCAUUUUUAAACUUGAAGCAAAUUGAGAGCUUGGAUCUUUCCUACAAUAACUUGAACGGCAAAAUCCCUCAACUCACUCAACUACAUUGGCUAGCUGUCUUCAGUGUAGCACACAACAAUUUAUCUGGCCAGACACCUGAGAUGGUUGCACAAUUUGCGACAUUCGACAACAGUAGCUAUGAGGGAAACCCUUUCCUUUGUGGACCUCCAUUGUCCAAAAGUUGCUUUGCUUCAUCAAUGCCAGGAGUUUCAGCGAAGGAUAAAAAAGAUCAUAAAAGAGAUGAUGGCUUUAUGGACAUGGAUGCUUUCUAUGUGAGUUUCCUGAUUUCUUAUGCCAUAGUGUUGUUGACCAUAGCUGCCAUUUUGUACGUAAAUCCAUAUUGGCGAAGAGCAUGUUUCAGUAAGCUAGGAUGGUUGCAGAAUACUGAGCUGGAGCUGAUUGCAGAGUAUACUUUAUUACUUGUUUUUGUCAGUUAG